UCUGAUAUUGCAUUCUAUGAUUUCCACAAAUCUAGCAUAGAAAGAGACUCUUAAUAUACAUCCAAGUCUCUCAUCUUCAAAACCCUAAUUAAAUAAUGUCCACGAAAAGGAUCUCAUCAGUAGAACCAGAUAAGAUCUCCAAGAGAAUAUCUUUCCACAAACGCAACGAUGCUCACUCCGGCGAGCUUGACGUGUUCGAGGCCGCCGUGUAUUUCUCCGGCUAUGACGAAGUCCUUUCCUCCGACCAUAGACACACACAUAAGUAUGGCUAUAACGCGGCGAGAGAGGAGAAUCGAAGGAGAUGGGGAAUCUUAGGAGGAGGGAGAAGAAUAAGCUUGGAUUUGCCAAUUAGAUGUUCAGAGCAGGUGCAUCAUCUUCACCAAGAAGUUACAACAACCAAAGAGAGGACUGGUAACGUGAGACACAAGCAACCAAGCUCACCGGGUGGGAAAAUCGUCAGCUUCUUGAACUCUUUGUUUCAUCAAGCGGGUUCUAAGAAGAGCAAAACAAAGUCAAAGCCUACGGAUCGAGAAGUCGAAGAGGAGAUCCAUGGAGGAGGAUGGAUGAGGAGAAGAAGAAGAAGCAGUAUCAGCAAUUUCUUGAGUUCAAGCAGACCUAAUCCAACCACCACAACGACAUCAUCUUCAUCAAAAUCUCUGUUGUCGUCUUCAAGCUCCGCUCUCAGAACUCCUCCUCCUUAUUCAAACACUCCCACCAAGAACUACAAGCAGUUCUUGAAUUUCACUUCUACCACAGACAAAGUGGAAGUGUUAGAGGAAAAGAAAAUAAACAAAGAGUUAUGUUGGCUUGAUGAGAAACUUAAAGUGAUGGAUAGCCUCUCAGAGAAAAAGAACGUUUGGUGUGACCGUGAUGAUGAUGAUGAUUGGAGAAUAAAGAGAGAGGGAGAUGAUGACGACGGAAUGGAGAGUGAUUCAAGUUCUGAUCUUUUUGAAUUGCAGAACUAUGAGUUGUCUCGUGGAGGUUUGCCAGUUUACGAAACUACCAAUGUAGCAAACAUCAACAACACUCAUCUAUAAUCUCUGUCUCCGAGUGUCAUGAUGAAACCCAUGAGAUCUUGAUAAAACCCCCCAUGCAUGAAACAAUAUUUUUAGUUGUUAUUCUCAGAUUAUUCUGCAGCUUAUAUGUAAUUCUUUUGAAUUUCUGGGAUUUGAUUGUGGAAGUCUUUUUUUGUAUGAGAUUUGAGAUAGUUUUGAUAAAUACAUAGUUUUCUUGUCU